AUGAGGUUCUCCAACGCUGCUGUAGUCUCAACCAUCCUAUUCCUCUCGGUAUGUGCAGCCGAGCUCGAGUGCGCUAGUCGUACUCCUACAGCCUCACAAGCGACACUUCCGUUACAUCUUGGCCCCACCUAUCCGACAAGUUCCUCUCUUGCUACCUCCGCCGAACCUCAUACCGUACACACUCAAUGCGAGGUGGUGCCUCUUGGAUGGGGUCGCGACGAUGCACCACAGAUCCUAAAGGCUGUCGAGCUUUGUGGCAACGGAGGCACGAUCACCUUGCCUGCGCCUUACACGUACACAAUCUCAAGUCGUCUCUACAUGCGACUUACUCGUGCAACAUUGAACGUCCAUGGUCUUCUCUCAUUCACGCCCGAUCUUGGUUACUGGAUCGAAAACUCCCACCGCGUCGAGUUCCAGAACAUGAGCACAGCUUGGAUCAUCGAAGGUAAUGACUUUAUUGUUGAUGGUGGAGGCUGGCAACAAGGUGGCAUCAAUGGAAAUGGACAGGCUUGGUAUGGUCGAGCCGCAGGUCAAAGUAACCAGUAUGGACGUCCGAUCAGUCUUUCAAUCUACAACAGUGCGAACGUCAGCAUCAACAACUUUGCCUUCUAUCAACCACAGUUCUGGUCUGUCUGGGCUCAAGACUCGCGAAAUAUUACCAUGACCAACAUCUACAUCAAUGGAAUCAACACCGAUCCUGCUGGCAACAGUUCAAAUUAUGCCAUCAACGUCGAUGGUAUCGAUACAAUGCGCGUCGAUCAGAUGAGACUUGAGAACUGGACAUUCCACGGAGGAGACGACUGCUUUGCUCCGAAAGGCAAUUCGACAAACAUGGUUCUACGCAACUUCACCUGCAUAGGAGGUGGUAUCGCUUUCGGGAGUGUUGGCCAGUAUCCCGGUCACCCUGAUUUUAUCACCAACAUCAGCGUGAGCGACAUUCGUGUCAGUCAAAAAAUCGAUACAAAGUAUGGCGGCGCGGCUGUCGCCGCAGGGGCUUACUUCAAGUCAUGGGUCGGGGUGGAGAUGGGAAACCCACCUCAAGGAGGAGGCGGGGGUACCGGCCGAGUGUCGAAUGUGACUUUCGACAACCUCAUUGUCGAAAAUACCACACAGGCUGUCUACAUCAACAAGUGUUACUUCAAAGUGCCUGCUCAAGGUGCAUACUGCGACACCUCAACAUUCGAGUUCCAGAACUUCAACUUCAACAACAUCAGCGGCACAGUUCGCACACCAAUUGGUGUCAACCUCAACUGCUCACAAGCAGCACCUUGCCGUGAACUGAAGUUCAGCGAGCUCAACUUGCGGCAAUCCAAAACCGACAAAACUGCCAUUGCUGUUUUUGAGAAUGCUCAAAACGUCUUUGGAUUGAGUGAGGGCACCCUAAUGUUUUCACAUUGA